AUGUUGGAUCCACUAAUAGAAGUAGCAUCUACUUCAAGAGAUGACAGUCAUGCACUCUACUUCAAAGAAGAUCAUGAUGGAAGUUGGAUUAUCUCCUACAACAACAGAUAUGUUGAGACUGAAACAUUUAAGCUAGAGAAACAGAAGCAUAAUAAGCCAUGUUUCUUACCAGCCCUAGAAAGAGAUGCAGCAGCAGUUAUAGCAGCAUAUAUUCUAAAUGGGUUGAGGUUUGGCACAAUCAAUAAACACUUGAGCAACACCAAUGUUUUUGAGCAUUCAGGAAGGCUCUAUUCGAUUGCAGAGAAUUAUUUACCUCAAGAGAUGGACAUCUUGACAUUAGAAACUAUUUGUGAUUGGAAUGUCAAUGGAGCUUGGAAUCGACCUUUCAGCAGCCAUCCAAAGAAAGCUCCAAACUCCGGAGAGCUAGUCAUAAUGGGGGUAGAUGCAAAGAAACCUUACUGUGUUUUGGGUGUUAUCUCUGCUGAUGGAAAAUUACUGCAUAAGGUUGAUCUCGAGUUCAAAAGCAGUACGCUUAGCCAUGAUAUAGGAGUCACACAGAAGUACAAUGUAAUCAUUGAUCAUCCCCUCACGGUUGAUGUAAAGCGAGUCACCAUGGGUGGCCUAUUAUUGAAGUAUGAAAAGGAAGAGUAUGCAAGGAUUGGAGUGAUGCCACGUUAUGGUGAUUCAGACUCAGUCAAGUGGUUUGAGGUACAAACCAAUUGCACAUUUCACAUUCUCAAUUGCUUUGAGGAGGCUAAUGAGGUUGUAGUGAGGGGAUGCAGGGCUCUCACAUCCCUCUUGCCAGGUCCUGAUGGUGGACUUAACAAAUAUGAGUGGUUCUCAAAAGGGUUCAACUUUGCAGAUGAUCAUUCUGCAGAGACUGGAUAUUUGUUUUCUCGUUUAUAUGAAUGGAGAUUGAACAUGGUCUCUGGAGAUGUGGAGGAGAGAAAUUUAACCGGAACUGAUUUCUCCAUGGAUUUUCCUUUCAUCAAUGAACAAGUAACUGGUUUGAAACACAAGUAUGGCUAUGCACAGGUCAUUGAUUCUAUGGCAAGCUCUGACACUGGCAUGGGAAAAUAUGGAUCUCUAGCCAAAUUAUAUUUGGAGGAAUCGAAUUCUACGUCAUUUGAGGGAAAGUGUGAGGAUUUGAUAAAAGUUGAGUACCAUAAGUUUGAGGAGAAAAACUUUUGCAGUGGAAGCGUUUUUGUGGCUAGGCAUGGAGGCAAAGGCAUGGAGGAAGAUGAUGGUUGGAUUGUCACUUUUGUCCACAAUGAAGAAACUGAUGUCACCCAAGUUCAUGUAAUUGACGCAAAGAAAUUUGAAAGUGAACCGAUUGCGAAACUCACAUUGCCACAGCGGGUGCCAUAUGGUUUUCAUGCAACUUUGGUGUCAAUGCCUUGUCAAUCUUAGCAUUAUGCAUUAUAUAUGCUGCUUGUCUUCCCAGAUUUCCCAUCUGUGCAAUUUAAGCUGGAAAUUAGACUAGCCUCGGCUGUUUGAUUGUCACACACCGGAUUCGAGAUUUUACUCUGGAAGU